UACCCUCUUGAGAAAAAAACAGAAAAAGGAAAAUCAUGUUUGGCUUUUUUUGACGCUUAUCAUAUAUGAGAUAAGCACAAGGGGGCUAUAAAAUGGUAAACUGACUCCACUUUGUGUUAUUUCGAACAAAACGGGCCUAAAAAUGGUGAUAAUAUAAUUUAAAGCGCUAUGGAUAUAUUUUUGUUCAUGUUCCUAGUUUUUAUAUCUUUUUUAAUUGGUAUUAUAGUGACUCUCGUGGUGCAAUAUUAUAUUUUGUAUUCUUAUUUUAAAACAAGUCCAGUGGUCACACCAAAUGAGAAAAAGUGUUCUACUGAUUACGUUUUACCAGAGUCUUUGAAAAAACAAUUGGAUAGUGAAGAAUUGAACGAUGCGACGAGUUUAUCGGUUAGCCUGGUUUUACAGUUUUUGUUUCACGAAUUGAGGCAUUCUGAGGCUAUUAAACGAUGGCUUUAUAAGAAGCUGAGUCUUGAGUUUGAGGAACUACUAACUAAAACUACCAUAGGGAAAUUUUUCGAAGUCAUUAAUAUUAGGGAUAUGAACUUAGGUAACAACUUUCCAAAUAUUAAAAAAAUCAGUAUUGAAGAUGUGAAAUUAGAUAAUAAGGAAGGACACAUAGACACUGUCAGUUUAUGUCUAGAUGUAGAUUAUACAGGAAACUUUUUACUUAGUGUUGAUGCCAAAAUGAAAUUUGGAAAAACUGCAUAUUUAUCAAUUAAGGUUAAUAAAGUCAACGGACUUGUAAGACUUCAGUUUACAAGACAUCCGUACACACACUGGUCUUUCAGCUUUUUUCAAGACCCCAUUAUAGAAUUAGAAGUUGAAUCACACUUUCAGGGACGUCAAUUACAGUCAAACAUCACAAGUCUUAUCGUAAACCAAAUAAAAAAAGCCAUCAGACGAAAACACACACUACCAAAUUACAAAAUCAGAUACAAACCGUUCUUUAUCAAAACUGACCCUAGCCAACUAGACACGGACGAUAGCGAAAUCGUCCCUCAGGGCCAACUUGAAGUCACAUGCAUAGAUGUCACACGACUUGAGUUCUCAAAUGCGGUUCAAAACGUUUAUUGCACUGUUGCAGUUGACACGAUUCCUUGGAUUUGUGUUUAUGAAUCAGAUGAGCGCACUUUCAUGAUUCUAGAAAUCACAAUGACUAAAUUAAAACAGGCCCAACUUGGAGUGAUUUUCAAGCCGGAAAAAAGCUCAGUGGCUGUUGAAAGCGUCUCUCCACACAGUUGCGCCUUCAAAUCUGGCCUCAAACCCGGCGAUAUUGUUUUAGCAGUUGAGAAUAAAUCGGUUUCGAGCGUUCCCCAAGUCGCCAAAUUUAUCAAAUCAGUGACUUCGACUCAUGUCACUCUUCGAGUGAAAAGACUGGUCGAUUCGUACGUUUUGCGCAAGAAACACUUCGAUAAAAACUCAACUGAUGAGAUGGACCAAGACGAAAGCAGCUUCUUCAUUGUUGAUAGCGUGGAAACGCCGAAAAAACCGGCGGAGAAAAUCCCGAAAAGUCUUUCAAGCAACGAAAACGUCUCGAAAUUUGCUCAAACGAUCGGUAAUUUUAGUUUGCGCAAACGGAAGGCUUCCGUUUCGGAUAAAUCGUCAACGGAAGUGAGUUGUAAAAGUACACCGACGUCUAGUAGCCCUGGAACCCCGCAACAUGGAGUGUUUAAACAACAUACAAGCCCGCUAUUGGCUGGGAAAAAACAAUCGAUCUCGGAAAUACCCGAAAUUUUGCGCGAAAAUUCCGAAAGUGAAAUUAUCGAGGUCGGGAAAAGCAAAGAGUUGGGCCCGACUUCGGUGCUUUAUUUCAAUGAAGACUUUCAAUUUAGCCUCAAAAAGGGGCUCAAGUACUUGAAUGUCAACGUUUGGGGUACAGUGACUGAUGAUAAAGAUGUUUUGUUGGGAUAUGCGAAUAUUCCCUUGAGCCAUAUUUUGAACGAAUGUUUUAAUAGCGUUCUAGGGCACUACAUGAGACGGUACUCUUUUCUACCGCCGGCGUUUUGCCAUUCUAAUAACCAAUCACACCCACUCAUGGCACACUCUGGCUUCGAACACGUCUUUUGCUACGGAGAUAUUCUUUUGUCUUUCAUUUGGUCGCAUGAGGACGAUAUCGAAGUUAAGCGUAAAAUGUCGCAAGAUAUUUUAAACACAGACAUUGAACAAAUUUCAACUUCAACAGCUCUCAAGCACGACUUCAUCAGAACGCAGUUUCACCGAACAACUCACUGCGAUUUCUGCUCGAAAAAGAUUUGGCUCAAAGACGCGGUCCAGUGCCGCGAAUGCGGUCUCUGUUGCCACAAAAAAUGCAUAGCCAAGUGUCAAACGAGCACUGCAUGCAUCCAAGGUGACAAAAAAACCGAACCGGAAGCGGUCCAACCGGAAAUAACCAUGACGGAACCACCCGACGAAAUGACCGAAUAUGCAGAAGGGGGGUUGAAACGAGUAAACAGUGUGAAAAAUUUAGCAAUACCAGGUGCGCAUUUAUUGUCAACUGUUUCGAAAAGUUUGCCUCCAUCGCCCCAACGAACGCCAAGUCGCAAACAAUCCAUGUCUAAUAUAAAUCCAUUCGCUUUGUGUCCUGGUGUUUUAGAAGACGUUCAGAAAAAACCGGAAGAAGCCUCUGAAAGUGUGAACCGACUUUUGGAACAAGUCAUGCAAUGCCCCCCUGAUGAGACGCUCAUGGAUGUGGCUAAAGAAACGGGAAGGCAACUCUAUGCCAAUAUGCCACAUGAGGAGAAAGUUGAAAAAAUCAACAUUAUGAUGGCAGAGCUGAAGAAGACGCUAGAUUCAGUGACCAUGGAGCAUAUGGAACUGUCGAAACAGCUAAGUAGCCAAGAAUCGGACGCUGAGAAGACGAAACUGGCGUUUCUGAUUGGUCAAGCCGAUGCUAAGGUUCAAGGAUUAUCAGUAUUGAUGCUUCAUUAUUGUUCCAGUUUACAGCAUACUCAAGAAAAAAUUGUGUAGGCGCUUUUUGUCUACUAAUUAAAUUUCUUGAAACAAAAAAGCAUAUCAUCGUGACCCCGGUACUUAAUUUUUGCAUUUAUGACACUCCUCUAGUCAAUUAAUUUUCACGUAUUGUAGCAUUUUUAGUUUUUACACGUUUUUAGGAACAUUAACUAUACUUACUGUGAUAGCGUAGGAUGUAGUAAGAUAAUUUUUAAUAUUUAUAGUGACUAGAUGUAUGUGCAAAAUUGUCUCUAAUUAUUGGUUAUAAUCCCGGCAAAAAGAGUGAAAUAAAGCUUUAACAUUGUUGUAUUUUUUGCGUCCAUGUCAGUAUUUUAGUUUUUUAUUUUUUUGGCAACUUGGCCCAACGUUAAUUUGUGAACAAAUUCUUUAUGUAAUAUAUUUUGUAUAGUAAAUUUUGCCUGCUUCACAUAA